GCCGAUGUCUUCCUAACAUCAACCUGUUAAAGGGCACAAAAAUAAAAAUAACAAUGCUUCACUCGGAAACUCGAGCCUUUAGCAACCAAUUUAAAGAUUAUGGGGAAGAAGAUACAGUCAUUGGAUCUAACAAUCGGGUAUAACUUUCUCGGGAUAUUGUAUAGUAAAAAUACUUUGAGCGAUAAUAAGUCGAUAUGUCCACAGCUUACAGAUGAUUUUCUACAAAAGCUAAAUUCAUGCAUCGGUAAACUUUUGUAUAAGCUCGAAAAAGAGUACACAGGAAGUAACAUAAACUGGAAUGAUUGCUCAGUCUACACUGGGGUAUCGGGCAUCGCUUUACUUUACGUCCGGCUAUACGAUAUCGGUAUCCGGCCGGACGGACUGCAAACAGCACUGAAAUUUGUCGAACCAUGCCUACAGAAAUUAAAAAAUGCCAAGGCUAGUUUCCUUUGCGGAGACUCGGGCCCCUUGUGCGUCGCUGCCCUGGUUUAUAAACGCCUGAAUAAUGUCGAUAAGUAUGAAUCUUGCGUUAACCAACUGAUAAAUCUGCGUGCAAUCGCAAUGAAGGGUGAUACGCCCGACGAAAUUCUCUCUGGUAGAGCCGGAUAUUUGUAUUCUCUACUGUUUAUCAAGGAACGCGUGACGAGUGUAGACGAAGAAUUAAUAAGAAGCAUUGUUAAAGAAAUUGUUCGAAGCGGACGUUCAUAUGGUGAUCCAGACAGCUUGGGCGUUUCUCUAAUGUUUGAGUGGCAUGGUAAGAGAUAUUUAGGGGCAGCCCAUGGUGUUUCCGGCAUAAUUUCAAUGUUAUUCAAAAGCGGUCUAGUUGAUAGCCGUCAACUGUCGAAGGAAGUGGAUUGUUUGAGAGCUUUGCAAUUCAAGUCGGGAAAUUAUCCGAGUUCCUUACCCAUAGGUUCUGACAAAUUGGUUCACUGGUGUCACGGUUCCCCAGGCUUUACUUUUAUGUUUGUUGAGGCGUACAGGAAGACAGGUGCCGAAUGCCAUUUAAAAUCGGCCGUUGAUUGCGCAGAGUCUAUUUGGAGAAUGGGAUUGUUGAGAAAAGGAUACGGUCUGUGCCACGGCAUUGCCGGAAACGCUUAUGCACUGUUGACCGUUUAUCAAACGACACAGGAUAUCAAAUAUCUACAUAGAGCGGCAAAAUUUGCAGAAUUCUGUUUCGAUUAUGGAAAACAUGGUUGCAAACAGCCGGAUAGGCCUUAUUCCCUAUUUGAAGGUUUGGCUGGCACAAUUUAUUUUUUGGUCGAAUUACUCGAACCAAUGAGCGCUAAAUUCCCCUCUUUUGACGAUGUCUAACCUCGACCCUAGCGUGAUGUAGGAUGGAUAAAGAACGCGCGAAUAAGCACGAAAAAGAAAGUCAAAUUGAACGUGAUACAAAUAAUAGCAACCUCAAUGACGACGUUCUUUGUGUAACCUUAUGAGGGUGGUCUUACUUAAGAAGCUGUCUAACGCUGGGCGGUAGCAGUAUGCUCAUGACCGAAAAUUGAAAAUUCACUUAUUACAACUCUAUUUAAUAAGCUGAAAAAGACUAUUCUCUUUCAAAUAUUACAUUAUACAAUUAUAUCGACUUUUUUGAAAGAUUUUUCUGUCUCAAAUACUCGUAUUAUUACUCUGAUUUUUAUUUUAUUUGCAUGGUCGAUAGUGUUGCUUAAAAGUUCCUAAUUAAUAACUACACGUUUUAUAAAUUGGCAGUGAACUGUAAAAUAAUAUUGAGUCUGCUUAAUUUCACGUAUAUUUAACCGUUAUUAAGCAACAAUGGCUACGAAUUACACAGCUGUUCACGUUCUCGCCCUGCUUUAUGUGAUAUUGCUUUUCAAAGAACACUUGUAUAAUGGCGCAUGAAAAUACUGUCUAUAUAAAUAUGUUGUUUUUGCUCAAUGUGACAUUAUACUUUGUAAGUUUACGCAGUAAAAUGUCGUGAAAGUAUUCAAAGAUAACAGAAAGAAAAGCCAUAACAGCGUAGGAUAGACGGAAAGAGCUAGAAACUAUUUUACUAAAACGAAUAUUAAACGAUUUCGUGGGAUUAUCCUAUUUACAGUAAACACGAGAAAAGAAUGGCUUGGCAAUUAAUUCGAGUGCUUAGUUAAUCGGCUCGGACUAUCGACAAACAAGCACCUCCCUUAUCCAAAAAGGAAAAAUUCUUUUAAUGGACGCCCGGUUAAAGAAGAUAAAUAUCUCCUUGAUUCUAGAUACAUUUUCAUCUGUUACUGGUGUUCGUUUAGAUAAAGAUCGGAAAAGAAAGAGUUUUGUAUAUUAUUUAUAAGUUAUUGUGUAUAUUUAUAAUAGAAAAAAGGUAACAACAAAGAGUGAGUUAUUUCGGCUUGAGGUGAAAAAAAACAAUGUUUAACGUGGACCAUGGUUGAAAUUUUCCAAAUCCAUUCAAACGCAAAAAAGACGUCAAAUUCACUUGAUCGAUGUCCGAUGGUCUUUUGUAUUCGCAUUGCCGUCUAUUGUCAACUGCAAACGGCAUUUUUGUCUGAUUGGCUACGAUUCCUUUCUUCUUUCCGUCCAACAGCUGCGUAUCACUAGGAAAACGAGGCGUUGGCAAAUCGAUUAGGAUCCACUUUAAUGGGCACUAAGGAGAAAGAAGCUUCAUAUCUUUAUUAUUUACUCUUUGAUAGAUUCGUAUAAAUAACAUCUACAUCGUACACAAACUUUAUAUAUAUCUUUACGGACCCGUCAUUAAUCAUUAACAAUCUCACUAAAUUUGCCGGUUGUUAUGACGAUAUUCCCAAUACUAAUUGAUGAUGGUCGGUGUAGUUGUCUGUAAUCCGAAUUUCCUUUGUCAUGGCGAUAAAGGAUUAAGAGGGGAUAAAAACUUAGCCAAUAACAUUAAGGAGUUGAAAGUAGUUCAGAGGUGACGGCUGUAUCAUACUCGAGAGGUUUUUUGUUCUUUUGUCCCUUGCCGGACGUUGGUGAGAAACUUUCUUUAAUCUUUACAUCUGCAUCAUUUACACCCCGCUCCAAUACUUACAACUAAUAUGUUAUGACAAGUUUUUUUACGCUCCAUCCCAUCCCAUCGUUAGCGGCUUGUUUAAUUUAAUAAAAAUAUUACUAGAAGGUGGUCGCGAGGAAAAAAACACACUUAAGUAGGCCUACAUUGAAUAAAUAAAAUUCGAGAUAGAUACUUUUUUUUACUCUAUCUGGUUAAAUUCAUCCAGAUAUCUUGUCGAUUAUUUAUUGAUAAUACACCCAUCCAUAUAAGUACUAUUUGAUAACUGCUAGCUCGCGGUUUGUUGACGUAUAGGCUUCAAUACGAUAAGCGGUUUGGAUGGCAAUUAGUGUUCAACGUAAAUAAUUUACAGUAAUAACAGUUAAUGUAUAAUAAAGUUCAUAUUACAAUAGGAUUAUCUGGAAUCUUUAAUCUAUACUCAAUAUAUAUCUAGAUAUAUAAAUAAAAAAAGAAUAUUCGUAUAUGAAUAAAUAAGAAAAAAAUCAAAUACUUGGGGCGAAAUAAUAUGUGAGGCUUGGGCUCUCAAAGAAAAUACUGAGUAUAUUCAACUACCAAAUGACAGUUGCCCAAGUUUGUUCGGAAACAAAGUAUACAAUUUCUGACCCGCCCAUAAAUUCUGGAGGUAGUGAUCUGAAUACAGCCUAUUACUGUUGUGAAGAGGGGGAAUAGUGAUUAAUCAACUCUUUGAACAUUUAUAUUCCAU